UUCACAAAAUCUAGCUCCUUCGUUUUCCUUCCUCCAAAAGAAAAAAUCUAUUGGUCAUUCGUACUUGCUGCUUCCGAAGUCCCAGACUCCGAAAAAUCAAACCUUUUUGAGUUCGUUGCCUGUGUUUCUGUUACUCAACUGUCUCAAUAUUUCCAACAAACAGCAGAACAGAAGACAGAAAUCCUCAGGUGGAAAAGCGAAGGAUUAUUCGAUUUCAUGGCGACCCCUGAUGUGUUGCAGAGAGAAGAGGACUUUCUUAUCUACUCUUCUAUUUUUGACCCACCAAAAGGUGAGACAGUCCAAUCUCGUGGAAAGUUAAUCGAGAAGAAGAUCGAAUUUCUUGAGAACUUGGCUGGAAGGGUUAGCAAUCGGCGGUCUCGCAGAUGGAUAAAUGAUCGCUUAUUGAUUGAGCUUGUUCCUCGUUUGAAUGCAGAAGAAAUCAGAGGCCUAUUUGCUCCACCUCCAUGGGGUGACAAUGUACCCUUGUCACCAUUUUGCAUGACAAAUACAGGAGAGUGGGAUGCAUUUAGGAGUGUCGACAUGGAUAAAGAGGCCUGUAUGAUUGAAACCCUAAAAAAAUCUUCAACUAGAAGAAAAGAUCGUGUGGAUGCUGAUAAGAUAGCUGUAUUAAACGCAUGGCAUAGAGUGGACUGUCGAACAAGAGAGGCCCUGAGGCGUAGUUACCUUCCAGAACUGAUCGAGAGCUAUGAGGAAUGUAUACGAGCAUUCAUCAAAGAUGGUGGAGAUGAAGAUGUUCUUGCCCUGCAGAUUCAAGAUCCCUUCCAUAGAUUGUUGCUGCAUGGAGUCUGUGAGUUCUACGACUUGGUUUCUGUAACUGCUGCUGAAUCCAAAGGGGCAAAGGCGUUGAAGACGACGAAGAUAAAGAAGAAGAAAUCUGGCUCUGCAGCACUCCUAAACAUCACUCUAAUCCAUUUCCUGAAAAUGUCCAAGGCAGGAAUAUGGUAAUGCCCAUUGGUCAGGCAUAUAUAUACAUCAUGUUGUAAAUUAAAUUUAUGCAUAUAAAUUUUAGUUUUAUUUAU